AUGGAAAACGUUCUUCUAAAUGAGUUCCAAGAUGCAGAUCCAGCUAGCGACGAUGUGGCCAUGCCUUUGAGAAUCAAUGUCAAGUUGGCAGACCUUGGUUCUGUCAUGGCGCCGGACCGAGGUGAAGUGAUUUCCAUCACAUACAGGAGUCCAGAGAUCUACUUUGGCAAGGCAUGGACAAGCGCUAUCGACAUCUGGGCAUGGAGAAUUGCAUACUUUCACCUCCUCCAAGCGCAAAUUGAUUUCAAUUUUCCUGGUAUAUACGAUUCGGUAAGCAAAGGAGGCACUCUCGAACAGAAGGCGGAGAUGAUUCGGGCAUGUCAGUGCCAUUUUGACCUCCAUUCAGUUGAAUACUUUCAGGAUUGUGAUUACUCCGCUGUCCAUGACCACGGAGUGAGAGGUGGCCUGAAUUCCAGCGAGGAACAUUGGACCGAUCGCUUGGUAGCAUUAGGGAUUCCAGAGUAUGAUGUUGUGUUCCUCUACGCCGUCUUACAACCCGACCCAACGAAGAGGAUGACGGUAGAUCAGAUCCUAGAUACGGGCUAUUUGGAUGUCUACUGA